UUGGCCCUCGCACUUGCCCUCGCCCCGGGGGAGCUGGGGGAUUCCAUCUUUCGUGAUGGCAUCCUUAUUGGAUUGAGGCGUGCGAGCGUGUGUGUGUGUGUGUGUGUGUGUGUGUGUGUGUGUCCCUUCAUGUGUGUGCACGCACAUCUUAGGAAUGUAAGGUAUAUGUGGGCAAUGCUGAAGUAUCUGUGGCUUUGAUUCAGAAAUAUAAACGGUUCCUUAGGAUUAGGGACCGUCAUAGCCGAGAGAGGAAAACAUUCACUAGUUUACCAAGGCCUCUUCCCAGUUUCUUGCGUUCUUUCCAGCCUUCCUUAUAUGAUAUACCUUGCCUCGGCUGAUUAUUUUAUAUUUUUCUCCAUCUUUUCCAGUCUUGCUGCGUUCGAUGACCUCUGAGUAAUGCUUGCCAUCUUUUCCUCAUUUCCAGAAUUCCCAAUUACAGACUUCCCUAGUUUACUGAGGUGCCAGUAACCUGUUCCUUUAUUCUAUCCUCUUUCUUCUGAAGAUUUCUCCAAAUGAGAAAGAGAUGUUUUUUAAUACAGUAUGUGAAAAGUAGGCCCCAGUCCAGUCUUGAAAACUAAGUAUGCUAUGAUCAUUCAUUUUCUUUAAACAGGGUACAUUGUGACGCUUUGAUUUCCUUUAAUGUCCUUUCAACCCCUUUCCAAACCAGGACAUUAACUGCCAUAAAUCCUUCAUUUAUGCUACCACAAGCAUCAAAUUGAGUAGUUUUUACAAAUCUGAGGAAUAUUAUAUCAGCCUUCAAAUUAGUCUCUUUUAAACUAAUGUAGCAGUUGAACUGAUAUGAGUUGCGUAUGCUUUGGGUUUCUUUAUGUUCCAUAAUUCAUGCAUUAAAUGAAGGCUUGGUUUUCUUUAUUUUUAGAUUUAUAUUUUAUACUGAUUUUUGUUUGCAAAUGUACUAAUACCUGAUGUAAUUGUCAUGUAUAGAUAUUUUUCUGGGAGUUGAUGUUAUUGUGUUGAUUGUUAAAUAUAUAGAAUAAAUAAAUUUGGAAUAUCUAGCUAUUCUUUAAAAAUUAUAAACAUAAAAUGUGAUAUUGGGUAAGUCUGUAUUUGGCAAGAAUUUUUUUCUUAAAUCAGGGAAUUUUAUCACCUCUGGCAGGGGGCCUUUUGUGCCUCUGUGCUUUGAGAAGGGCCUUUAUUUUGAUGGAAACCUGUAGAUAACACUGGAGGAGACACAUGCUGGAAUUUCCUCAAGAGGGAGUGAGCUUUCAAAAAACAAGUCUAGACAUGUCUAGGCAAUUGGUAGCAUUUGAUUUUCUGUUUAUAUUGUUAAUUUCCUUUAUCCAGAUGUUUUGACACCCUUCUCCACCUUUUCUCUUAUGAACCAACAACGAUUGUGGCAAUUUGGCAUCAGUAUGACUCUGUACAGAUUUGAAGACCCAGCUUCUCAUCAUCCACUGGAUUAUGCUCAAGGCUUUCCUACCCAAUGAUCCUCCUGCAACACACAGGGCUUCCUCCGCCUAAGCAUCCCUUAACUUCUCCUCCUAUGUCAGUGGCCACCAGGUCUACAGGAUCCUUGCAGCUUCCACCACAGAAGCCUUUUGGGCAGGACACUUCCUUGCCUCUGGCAGGGGAAGAAGAGUUACCUAAGGGAGGGGAACAAGACUCUGCCCUGGAGGAGCUAUGUAAGCCCCUGUACUGCAAACUCUGCAAUGUCACUUUGAACUCAGCGCAGCAAGCCCAGGCUCAUUAUCAGGGUAAAAAUCAUGGUAAGAAACUCCGAAAUUACUAUGCAGCAAAUAGCUGUCCUCCUCCUGCCAGAAUGAGCCAUGCAGUGGAACCCGCAGCUACUCCAGUUGUUCCAGUCCCUUCACAGGUGGGCUCCUUUAAGCCAGGAGGCAGAGUGAUCCUGGCCACAGAGAAUGAUUACUGUAAGCUCUGUGAUGCCUCCUUCAGUUCUCCGGCUGUGGCUCAGGCUCACUAUCAAGGGAAGAAUCAUGCCAAGAGGCUGCGGCUGGCGGAAGCUCAGAGUAACUCAUUCUCGGAUUCCUCAGAGAUGGGCCACCGGCGGGCCCGGAAAGAAGGGAAUGAAUUUAAGAUGAUGCCUACUAGGAGAAAUAUGUAUACAGUACAGAAUAAUUCAGCAGGUCCUUACUUCAAUCCCCGCUCUCGGCAGAGAAUUCCACGUGAUCUAGCCAUGUGCGUUACUCCAAGUGGCCAGUUUUACUGCUCAAUGUGUAAUGUUGGGGCUGGUGAAGAGAUGGAAUUCCGGCAGCAUUUAGAGAGCAAGCAACAUAAAAGCAAGGUGUCUGAACAGCGGUACAGGAAUGAGAUGGAGAACCUGGGAUAUGUAUAGUGAUCGUCAUAUUCAGAUAGAGCAGCUCGUCCUGCCUGUUGUUUGCCUUCUGUCAACUCGCCCUGCUUUGUGGUCCUUUUGAUAUGAGUACAUUCCUCUGCUUAAUGUUAAUAUAUGUAACCUGCACUGGUACCAUGAGAUGUCAAAACUGGGGGCGGGCGAUGGAGAACAAGCUUCUUAGGUCAUAAUGCUUUUUCAGAUCAAUUGUGUUGAGCUACUUACAGUGUGACCUACCUACCCCAUCAGAAACAACUUUUUAUUUUGCCCAAGUUCUGGUCGACUAGUAGCCUGACCACUUAGAAAUAUGACUAUUUAAAAAUUUCAUCUUUUUCAAUUUUAAUUUCAUGUGCUAUUUUUUUUUUUUAUUCUAGGCAAUACAGUCUGCUAGCACCAUGUGCUAUUAAAUAAAUAAUUGUAUUGAGUUCUUCAGAUCAUGGUAAACGUAGGUAAGCAGAGAUUUCAGUUUCCUUAGGCUUCAUUGGAACCACCAACUAAAUGCAUUGUUAGUAGGACACACUGUUGUAAACUGUGUCAGUCUUUUCUCAGGACAUUUUUUUCCUGUAUUAUGUCCCCCCAUCAUUGAAAUGUAGGAUUUUCUUGAAUUCAGACACUUCCAGUAUGCUUAUGUACUUCCAAACAGCUAAACUUCAUUUCCAGUUGUGGAUUUUACACAUUUAAUUGCCACUACCUUCUCUCCUCUUUCUGUUUUUUUUCCUAGUUGAAUCAGCUUGUCUAACAAGCUCAUUUUCAUGUCCCAGCUGUGCUGUGGAUUUUCCAAGCCUCACAUUUGAAUACUCAGUGAGUUUAAGGUGGAUAUGAUUUUUUUAAAAAUAUGUUUUUCAGCUGACAUUAGGAAACAAAAAGAUGUGUGUGAAUUUUUCAAUUUAGAGUUACUUUGUCAUUGAUCAUAACACACUUAUAUGAUGGUCUCAACCAUAAGUUAAGAUUGCUUGAUAUUUUGUUUUGGCAGACUUUUUAGGUGAUCUGAUUCUUAUACUUCACUUAAAAUUCUUUUCUGUUCUGCCAGUUUGUUGGCAGUUCUGAAAAAUGUCACUACCUGCUGUUUUAUACAUAGAGAGGAAUUUUUAAAAAAGCAAAUCAAGUAUCAAUAUCAUUUCCAGUAGAUAAUUGAACUAUGGUUUUAUUUUUUGUAAUUCGGCUUUUUCAAAGUUACUAAAAAUAUAUUAUAGAUUAUUUUGUUAUCUGAUAAUUAUAACAGUAUUAUUUUUGGUUUUUUAUUUUUAAAAUAAGCUAUAGUAUAUGUCUAGAUUAACUAAUGGAGUACUGUGUGAACUUUCAUUAACUGAAUUUCAUGUAUUUACAGUAGUUUACUUUACAAUGGAUAAGACUGGUGCUCAUCCACACUUCUUUUGAAAGGCCAUGUUCACCAGGAAGUUUAUACUAAGCAGUAUCUUUGCACUAUGGUCAAUUCACAUGUAAUUGCUUAUAUUACUAAUUAAAGGUAAAACUCCUAUUUUUCUUGAGAUUUCUAAAGACAAAUACUUUGGAGGGAGGCAAAUUAUAAUCAUUGUUUCUUUCCUGUAAUACUUUAAAACAAUUUUUAAACGACAUAACCCAUCUUUAAAAAUUAGUUUUGUGGUUAACUUCUUGUACAAUAUCAAGUUACUGUCUUCUGUUGAAGUGGUGGUUUUUUGAAAAUUAAAAUUAUUUGGUAAUUUUUUUUUCUUGCAGAAACAGAACAAUGAAAUAUUCUGUUGUGAUUCUAUCUAGACCUAUGACUUUUAGUGUAACAACCUUUUUUGCAGUGAUCUAUAAAGUACAGUUGAUUAGUUUAGGGCAAUUUAGGGCUUUUCUUAUUGGCCAGUAGGUUACUCAUUUUGCUGCUAAGUAUAGAUUUUUGGUCUAUUUUAAUAUUAUAGUGCUGGCCACUUGGUUCUAUGAUUACUUAAAAAUCUCAUUUUCUUUCUCUGUAGGUAGGUAUACACUCCCCCCCCACACACAUAUGAUAUCAUAGAGAAGAUUUCAUUGAACCCUUAUUUCAAAUAACAGUAGAGAUAUGAAUGUGAAUUUAUAUUUUAUAAAGGUGACAAAGGAAACUUUUGGUUUUCCUUUGGAAAUAAAAUUAAAAGAAAGGUUUCCCCUGUCCUCCCCACUUACCAGUUUCAUUAUAUACAUAUAGAAAGCAGUGGACUUAAGGGCUUGAUGUGUGUCAGGCCUUGUGUAUUCAGGUUUCUGGAGUCCCAGUGCCCUUAAUGGAUGUUAUGAAUGCAUAAGUGCAUUUUCUUUUAAAGAAAGAGUUAGAUUUAUAGUGUUAUUUCUUACUUGCUAUAUUUCUUUGCACUAAAAAAUAACUAUAUGUUUGUUUUAUAUGACACUUUAGUACCAUAUUGCCUACAAUAACUCAAUUUUCUCCUUAAUUUCCAAACUCCAGGAAGUUGAUAAAUCACUUCCAUGAUCAUGUAUAGAGGUUACAUGCACAUCUGAAAAAAUCACAGAUCUCUAUGACAGUAGGUUGUAUUUUACCUUACAAUUACCUUACAGUUCUCCUUUGUUCCAUAGGUGAAACAAAGGAUGACAGAGGUUGUCAGGCAGGAAAUGCCUAUAUAAAUACAUCUCUGCAUGGUACAGUUUCUCAUAUUCAUGUAUUCCAUAUAGGCAGUGUUUUAUCCCUGUCUAAGUAGGCUGUUGUUUCUUCUGAGUCAGUGAUAUGUGAUCUCCGUUGGUUUCAUUUUGUGAAGUCCAGUCCUGCUCUGUAACAUGCUUUAGGAUUUGCACCCUGUGCUUCCCAGGAAUCAUGUUAGUGUCUUUUUAUAAGCUGUAUUCAAGGAUGGACAGAGGCCUAAGCAACAGAAAACCUUUAUUCAAAAAAAUUAAAUAGAUUUCAGUAAUCAUCCAUAAGAACUCACAGCAUCAAAGUCUCUUUUCUCUGUGAAUAUCUUUGUGUAGAUUGUCAUUAAGAAAUCAUUGGUAGAAAAUAACAGAAACUCUUCUUAGGUAUUGAGGGCAAGAAGUUGUAAAAGAAAACCACCAGUGUUUCAAUUAAAAGAUUGGAUUGCAUAUGCCUUUAAAGUGGUUUUUUUAAAAAAGUUCAGUUACAAGAGUAUGCCUUGUAAUCCUUUGGACUCCAUACUGAACAGAAAAUACUUUGUUGGUCUUGGCUUUGUAUAUCAUGUCCUGCAACUUGUAAAUAUGUGCAUGUUGUUUAACAUGUUUGUCUGCUUGUCUCUUAUUGCACUGAAUUCUGCAAAGUGAAUAAUUUUUUUUAUAACCUUCAUUUUGAAAAAGUUCCUCCCCCAACUCUUCUCACUGUUUCUCUUUUUAAUUAGUUGGUAAACUUUAGAAAACCAUUUAGGAUUUUUGAAGCCCUGAGGUUGAAAGAAAAAUCAUGGCUGAGAUCAUCCUUACACCACUCUGACUUAAAAGGCUAGCUAAUGAGAUGCACAAGUUCUUUUACCUUGUUUUACAAAGCUGUUCUACAGAACUAUAUGGUUGCUUAGAGCUACCUAUCUACAGUUUGAACGAAGAUAAAUGGAGAAAUACGUAUGUACGUGUGUAUAUGUAUACAUCUGGUUAAAUCUUCAUCCAUAGAUAGAUUCUGGGGAUUAGUGGUGGAAUUUAUGAUUCCUUCCUGAGUUGGCAGAGACUGAAAGCAAUGACAGUUUGAGGACUGUCCUGUGACCUGCGUAAACUGAAUCUCAUCUCUGCCAGGUGAGACAUGUAAACUGUUCCAUAUAGUAUUCUCUGCAGAGAGGCCUAGGAAUGGUGGUUUUGGAACCUAACCUAUUUUGUUUCCUCAGUGUCAGAACUUAGGCUGGAAGUACUCUGAAGAACUUGGUGAGGCAUGUAAGAAGGACAGCAGAACUGCUUUAGAAAUAAGUUGAGGAAUGUUUUGUCAGGAUAGGCAAAAGUUUAAUGUAGGUUUUCGAACAGAUAUUUAAAAAAAUUCUACCGUAUCGACUUAUUAACUGUUUUUUUCUUACCAGCCAAAUGGUUGUUUAGGAGUUUCACACAUAAUAAAAAGUGGUUUUUUUGUUUUGUUUUGUUUUUGUUUUUUGGUGGGAGAAGCCCUGUCAUUGUGAGCUAUUCUUGUCAAUCUAGCUGAUUGGACAAAUAGUUGUGUAAAUAGCUUCUCAUAAAACAUUUCUACUGAUAGUUGUUUGACUUCGACUCCCAUUCAUAAUGGGAGGAACAUUUGUAAACUCCCUUUCUGGGUAGCUACCAAAAAAAGUACUGGCUUAUGGUCUCAUGUGACCCUGUCUCCGUUAAGCCCAGAAUAUGAGUGCCUUUAGCAAGUGUUAGCAUUUCACAAAGAGAAGAGAUGAUAGAAUUAUUGCCAUUAAUCACAGUGCAUAAAACAGGAGCUUGGAAUAACAAAGGUCUGUGUGAAUUCUGUUCUACAUUUUUUCCUAAUGCAAUCUCAAUUUGAUACCAAGUGAAACUAUUGUCAUUAUUGAUCAGGAACCAUACACCCUGCAGACGAAUCCAGUUGUCCCAGGCUAGCAGACAGUCAUAGAUCAUUUUUCACCACGAUAUGUGUUACAUUUCAGCUUAGUGAAUGGUAGUGUGGCAGGUUGGGAGAGCUUGACACUAAUGUCUGGAAAAAUUCUUUAUUCCAGUAGUCUUUUUCAAACUUGUCUUUUCUGUAGAGGAAAGAAUUAUGUAUUUGGCAAAGUGUAUGAAGAGACUGGCACAAUAAUUAUUAAUUGUGUUAGUUCAUGUCUACAUUAAAAGGGGCAUCUUCACAAAUCAGGUUUGAGGCCUUUUAAAGCAAAAUUUUCCCUAGUUCAAUUAAUUUAAAAUUCUAAAUUGCCUGAGUACUUAGAAUCUUUGAAACACACUGCUAAAUUAAUUUUAUUAUAGAGAUAUUACCAUUUUCCUCAACAUUUUUUAUGAAAAAUUUCAGACAUAUAUCAAUGUUGAAAAAAGUUUACAAUAUACCCAUUCCUAGAUUCUACCAUCAACAUUUUACUGUGCUUGUAUUAUCAUGCAUUUGUUCAUCUCUCUGUCCCUUUAGACAUCCCUCCGUCCAGUGGGUUUUUAAAAAAUAUAUUUCAGCGUAAAUUUCAGACAGUACACACACCCCCUAAACACUUAGCAUAGGUGUUGAUGACUAGGGUUUAACAUUUGUUUAAGAAUCUUUUGGAAAGCAGUGUAUAAAGUUGAUAACCUGGCCAAUGAACAUACUUGUUUUCCUCCUGUGAACUUUAGUCUUCCAGUUUCUGUUCUUGUCUGUGCUUAGAGUGAAGGAAGACAACUUUUCAAACUGAACUCUUUUCUAGAAUUGGUCAUUUAAAAUGCUUAAUUGGCAUACAUUUUAAAAUUUCAUGAUAAUUUUUUUCUUUCUCCCUCUUAUAUUUUUGCCAAACUAUGCAGCUUCUUCAAAAAACUGUAAAUUUACUGAUUGGGGUUUAUGAAAUCAGCUUAUACCUCAUAUCAAUCUAUCGCUGCUUUUCUCCUGGUUGUCACAUCUCCUUUCACUACUUUCAGCUGCUGCACCAGAAGGUAGAGGGGAGUAAGGGUCAAACCCAUAUAUGACUAGCUGCUGUAAACAACUCUAGGAGAACAGACUCGUGGUUUAGAAAGUUGAAACUAUCUAAAGGAUUUGAUUUGAAUUCCCUGAUAAUUGUAAUUAACCAUGCUUCCUCUAGCUAUAAUUAGCAGAAUUAAAAGUGAUCAUACUGUACAAUGAGUUGUUGAAGUUAUGAGCCUUGGUAACAAUCUUUAACUUUAGUAUAAUGUUUAGAAAACUUCUUUGACAUAUGCCUUUAUUUUUAUGGCCAUGUUUUAUGGAUAAAAUCUGAAGAAGUUAAGUGACUUGCUCUAGGUCAUGAAGAUUAAAUGGGUAAAAUUGAAAUUUAAAUGUUCCAAAUUCAUAUUCUUGUGCUUGUUUGAUAAGAUUCAUGGCUUCCUAGAUAAUUAAACGAUUCCUUUGGGCCCUUAAAAGGAAAACAUGUAUUUUUACUGUUUAGACUUUUUUUUUUAGACAUUUCACAAUUUUUUGAAUUUACAAAUAUUCUCAUGGUCAUAGUUCCUAAUUAAGCCUGAUGCAGUGCCUAAAAUAAAUCUCACUGCACUGUUGAAUACUAACUAAUAAUGCUGGGUUUAUCAGAUUUCUUCUUCAUUUAACUGACCUUCAUGAUCCACUCAUAACUCUUUCCAUGUAAGUGCUUAAGUGACCCCCUCACUAGUGAAAAUAAAUAUUCUGUAUCACUGAUUAUAUGUGUAUCCUCUACAUGAUGUAUAUUUUUAAGAAAAAGUAAUUCCAUGUAUCAGGAUGAACGAUAUUAUCCUAGGGCAAAGCACAUAUAAAGCAGUUUAUUUCUACUUUGCAAAUCUGGCAUUUACAGGAACAAAACUCUUCUAGAGUGGCUGGUCAUUGUUUUGCCUUUUUUUGGUACCUGCGUACCUUUUUGUGGUUUUGUAAAUUAGUAUGUCAUUUUGUAAGAGUUUGGUGUUGACUCUCUGUUAAUUGGUGUUCACCUUGUGGUAUCCUCAGCUGACCAUGAUGAUUUAGUUUGGGUCUUGUGUGUAUGCUUUUAAAUGCCUUACUGGAGUAUGUCAGAUCCUGCAUUCCGUAUAUCUGCUAGGACAACAAAUUGCCUCUCUUGGAUGUAUACUCUAGAUCCAGAAGCAAAACGGAUAUUGCUUUCACUGCUAAGAUUGCAUUUAAAUGCAGCUGUUGUUUUAAAUUCAAGAAUAAAUCAUGGAAAACCAAGGGAGACUUUAGAAUCCUUCAUUUAAUGGCAUGGCAAACUUUUAAAACUGCUUUUGCUACUUCACUAGAACCAUAUACUUUGGUAAAGGCUACAGCUAAAACAUGCCAGCCAAACUGUUAUGAGAUUGGAGUUGUUUCUUAAACUUUUCUCUAAAUGUCAUACAGGGGUUUAAGAUCUGUGUAUGCUAUUGGGGCAAAGUGCCAGUCACUGCUUUGGAAAUUUGUGUUUUGGGGCUACAGAAGUGACAAAUGUGUCAUGGGAUUAAAACCAAUCAACUGUGAAUUGUGAAAUUAAAAUUGCUUUUUGGUUUUAUUUUCUUUAGCAUAUUGAAUAUAGAAAUCUGAAAGUUAUUUAAAAUUUACACUGCUUAUGUUGAUGGCUUAUUUUGGCUGUGUAUCCACACUUAUGUACUGAUUUCUGAUAAAGGCUUGAUGUUAUUAUAACAAGCAUUUUGUGUUCAAUUUAAUAAAAUGGUUUCUGAGUCUUGUCUG